AUGGCCGCAUCCAGCCUGUCCGUCUGCUCCAGCAACCUGAGCUAUGGCAACCGCGCCUGCCUGCCCGGCUACAGUGACGCUUGCACCGACUCCUCCUGGCAGGUGGACGACUGUCCAGAGAGCUGCUGUGAGCCCUCCUGCUGCGCCCCCAGCUGCUGCCAGCCCACCUGCUGUGUCCCCAGCUGCUGCCAGCCCACCUGCUGUGUCCCCACCUGCUGCCAGUCCACCUGCUGUGCCCCCAGCUGCUGCCAGCCAACCUGCUGUGCACCCACCUGCUGUGCCCCAGCUUCCUGCCUGACCCUCAUCUGCACCCCAGUGAGCUGCGUGUCCAGCCCCUGCAGCCAGGUGACCUGUGAUCCCAGGCCCUGCCAAUCAGCCUGCACCAGCUCCUGCACACCCUCAUGCUGCCAGUCCUCCUGCUGCACCUCCUCCCGGUGCCAGCAGACCUGCUGCACACCCGUCUGCUGCACACCCGUCUGCUGCAAGCCCCUGUGCUGUGUGCCCGUCUGCUCUGGGGCCUCCUCCUGCUGCAGACCCUCCUCCAGCGUGUCCCUCAUCUGCCGCCCCGUGUGCAGGCCUGCCUGCUGCGUGCCCACCUCCUCCUGCUGUGGCCCCACCUCCUCCUGCCAGCCCAGCUGCUGCCGCCCAUCCUCCUGCAUGUCCCUGCUCUGCCGCCCCGUGUGCUCCCGCCCGGCCUGCUGCGUCCCCACCUCGGCCCAGACGUCCUGCUGCUGA